AUGGCCGAGGCAGGCGCUGUGGCCUCGGAAACGGCGAAACAGCGCGGAAACGGGCUGUUCAAGCAAGCCAAGUACCGCGAGGCGAUUCAUGCAUAUACAGAGGCUUUUGUGCUCGAUGAUACAAAUGCCUCUUUGCUCCUGAACCGCUGCGCAGCGCACAUGGCGUUGAGUGCGUUCCAAGACGGGCUUGCAGACUGCCGUAAAGCUGCAUCGCUGCAAGGCACGCCGGUGCCUUCAAAGACAUUGAUUCGUAUGGCAAAAUGCUUUAUUGGUCUGGGGGAGCUGGAUGCUGCGCGGCAUGCACUGCAACCUGCCGUGGACGAUGUUGAGGCUUUGGAACAUGCACAAGCGAAGGAUAUGGUGACGCAAAUCAACACGAUUGCCAAGCACCUCGCCACUUGCGAGUCUUACGCUCAAGCUGGCGACUGGACACUUGCCUUGAUUGCCCUGGAUCAGGUGCAGAAUAGCGCAAAGCUUACCGAUACCACGAGUCCUGCUGCAUGGCGUAUUUUGCGCGCGCAUUUGUACCUGCAGCGCGGCCAGAUCCCGCAAGCGCACGCGAUCGCGAUGAGUUUGUACCGCGCAGACUCAAGCAGCACCGAUGCGCUUCUGCUCAGCGCGCGUGUUCUAUUUGCCAACAAUGAUAUGCAAAAGGCAGUGACGCAGGCCCAGGCCGUGCUGCGCAACGACCCCGACCGCACGGAUGCGAAGCAGUUUUUGCGCAAGCUCAAAGCGCUCUUGUCCCUGAAAGAUGAGGCUACCAGCGCGUUUAAGCGAGGGGCUAUCGACGAGGCCGUGGCCAAGUACAAGGAGAUUCUGCAUCUCGCGGACCAGGACGCGGGGCGCGACAACCCCAAAAAGUUCAAGGCGAUGAUUUUCUCGAACCUUGCCAUUAUGGAAUCCAAGAAUGGUAGCUGGAAAGAAGCCGUAGAGCACUGCACGACUGCACUUACGCUCGACCCCAGCUAUGCCAAGCCGCUGCGCACGCGUGCGCGCGUAUACCAAGAAAUGGAAGAGUACGAGAGCGCCGUGCGCGAUUUCAAGCAGGCCGUUGAAGAGAGUAUCGGCGCACCUGAGGCCGACUCGCUGCGCCGCGAGCUGCGCCGGGCCGAGCUGUACCUCAAGCGGAGCAAGGAAAAGGACUACUACAAGAUCUUGCAAGUAUCACGCACGGCAUCCGACGCCGAGAUCAAAAAAGCCUUCCGCAAAGAAUCGCUCAAGCACCACCCCGACAAGGGCGGCGACGAGGAAAAAUUCAAGCUGUGCAACGAGGCGUACAAGGUGCUCAGCGAUGACACUCAGCGCCGCCGAUACGAUGCUGGCGUCGAUCUGGACGGCGGCGGCGGCAUGGGCGGCGGUAUGGGCGGCGGCGUAAAUCUUGCCGACCUCUUUGCCGGCGGCGGCGGCUUUGGCAAUUUCGAUAUGGGCGACGGUGGCCACUAUGCGCGCGGCUACCCCGGCUUUACGUUUGGAUAG